UCAUAUAAAUAUACGACAAUUGUCUCUAUUUAUGUCCAAACAAACUAUCAUUAAUUGCUAAGCAAUUGAUUAAAAUUUAUUCAUCAUUUAUUGCUUCAUAUUUUAGGAUCUGAUCUCCCAAUCCGUGACAAACAAUGGCACACUUUAACUAUUUACCGAAGGAUGUUGAGGACGAACUGAGAACUAAUGCUAAUGCCAUAGUGUCCUCAGGAAAGGGUAUUUUGGCUGCCGAUGAAAGUACCGGAACAAUGGGUAAACGGUUGGAAUCAAUCGGCGCCACAAAUGAUGAAGAAUUGCGCCGACAAUACCGACAAAUGUUGUUUACGAGCGACGAAGUGGCCAACAAUUACAUCAGUGGUGUUAUCCUAUUCCACGAAACUCUUUACCAAAAGGACGACGCGGGCACUCCUUUCGUCGAGAUUCUUAAGAAACGGGGUAUUAUUCCCGGUAUCAAAGUUGACACCGGAGUCGUACCACUCCAGGGAACCAACGACGAGUGUACCACUCAAGGUCUGGAUGACCUUCAGAAGCGUUGCGAACAGUAUUAUAAAGAUGGCUGUCGUUUCGCUAAAUGGCGGUGUGUUUUGAAGAUUAAACAGAAUGAACCGUCACCGCUGGCCAUCCUCGAGAACGCCAAUGUAUUGGCCAGAUAUGCUGUUUGCUGUCAACAGGCAAAACUUGUGCCAAUUGUUGAACCGGAAGUUCUUCCCGACGGUGAUCACGACCUCGAGAGGUGUCAAAAAGUGUCGGAAAAGGUUUUGGCGGCCGUUUACAAAGCGUUGAGCGAUCAUAACGUGUUUCUUGAGGGUACUCUUCUUAAGCCUAAUAUGGUGACCGCUGGACAGUCAUGCACUAAGAAAUAUACACCACAAGACAUCGCAAAAGCCACCGUUACGGCUCUUCAGCGCACAGUUCCCGCAGCUGUUCCCGGAAUUGUAUUCCUGUCCGGUGGACAAUCCGAAGAGGAGGCGUCAGUCAAUUUGAAUGCAAUCAAUCAAUUUGAGGGUAAGAAGCCAUGGGCUCUUACCUUUAGCUACGGACGCGCACUACAGGCCAGUGCUCUGAAAGCAUGGGGCGGUAAGAAAGAAAAUUUAAAGGCUGGAGAACAGGAGUUCCUUAAGAGAGCUAAAGCAAACAGUGAGGCAUCGUUGGGUAAAUACGGUGGCGGUAUAGUUGGUGCGGCCGGUGGUAGUGAUCUGUUUGUGGCCAAUCACGCCUAUUAGUCGUCUCUUAUUAUUAUUAUAUCUAUUGGUUUUUAUUCUCAAAAUUUAGAUCUAAUUUUAAAACAAUAUAUCUAUGUCUAUAUAUAUAUAUAUAUAUAUAUCAAAUAUCAAUAUUUGAAUCUAGCAUUUAUUUUAGUGGUGAUGUUUUAUGAUUAAUCAAAAAAUAGUGUUAUAAAUAUUUUAAAAUUUAUUUACUCAUUAGAAAUAUUUUAAUGUUAUUUAAAUGGAUGUUAAAAUAUA